GGCUGGAAACUGAGGCCCAGAGACGCCAAGUAGCCGGUGCCGGAUCACUGAGCAAAGACAGCCCGCCGCCAGCUGUCGCCGACAUGGAACCUGUGGCUAGCAACAUCCAGGUCCUGCUGCAGGCAGCCGAGUUCCUGGAACGCCGCGAGAGAGAGGCUGAACAUGGCUACGCAUCUCUGUGCCCUCACCGCAGUACGGGGCCGAUCCACAGGAGGAGGAAGCGAUCCCCACAAGCUCCUGGCGCGCUGGACAGUGGGCGGUCUGUGCACAAUGAGCUGGAGAAGCGCAGGAGGGCCCAGCUGAAACAGUGCCUGGAGCAGCUGAAGCAGCAGAUGCCCCUGGGGGCUGACUGUGCCCGAUACACCACACUGAGCCUUCUGCGCCGGGCCAGGAUGCACAUCCAGAAGCUUGAAGAACAGGAGCAGCGGGCCCGGAGGCUCAAGGAGAAGCUGCGAAGCAGGCAGCAGAGCCUGCGGCAGCAGCUGGAACAGCUCCGGGGGCCCACAGGGGUGGGUGAACGGGAGCGGCUGCGGGCAGACAGCCUGGACUCCUCAGGCCUCUCUUCGGAGCGCUCUGACUCAGACCAAGAGGAGCUGGAGGUGGACGUGGAGAGCCUGGUGUUCGGGGGUGAGGCAGAGUUGCUGCAGGGCUUCAGUGCCGGCCAGGAGCACAGCUACUCGCACAGCGGCGCCUGGCUAUGACCUCCAAGGCCCCAGACCACCCGCUGCUCCACUCGGCCAGGCAGGAGCCCUCCCCAAUCCUCUAGGGCUGCUUGGAGUCACCUCCUGUUGUAAUGGACUAAAAGGACCCUUGUAUGGGAACAGGUGCUCUCCCCUGGCCCACUGCGGCCACAGUCCCUGCUGGGGGAGGGGGCUUGGCCUCCCCUGAGCCCUGCAGGCAGGCUGCUUGGGCCUAGGCUGCCCUUCCAGGUGAUUUUUUUUUGUAGCACUUGGCUCUGCUGUCCCCAUGGGGACAGGAAGCCUCUUGGACCCUCAUGUUCCUUUCUAGACAAGGCUGCUGGCCUUUACCCCAGAUACUGUACAGUAUUUUCA